GCUCGCAGCCUCCGCAGCCAUUCCAAACUUCUCCUUCCAGUCCAUCUCCAUCUCUCUCGUUUAGGACCAGGAUCAGGGUAGGGAUGACUCUGUAAGAGAAGGGAUGGUUCUGUUAAGACUCAGCAUCAGCGCCUGGUCCUCGACACACUUCUGUCCUCCGGCGUGAGCUGGACUAUUGUUUUGGGAGGAUCAUGUCACAAACUAGGAGGAGCACCUUCCGCAGGACCUCCAGCAGCAUCAGGAUGAGCUCGGACGGCGGCAGCGGGGGCCGGCCCGCCAAGGUGGGCUCCCUGGUGGAGGUCAUCGGCAAGGGGCAGCGCGGCACGGUGGCCUUCAUCGGCGCCACCCUCUUCGCCUCGGGCAAGUGGGUCGGCGUCAUCCUGGACGAGGCCAAAGGCAAGAACGACGGCACCGUGCAGGGCAAGCGCUACUUCGCCUGCCAAGAGAACCACGGCAUAUUUGUCCGGCAGUCGCAGAUCCAGCUGGUUGAUGACGGCGCCGACACCACAUCCCCAGAGACACCGGAGUCUAGUGCCACCAAGCUGCCAAAACGAGACAUCCCGGAGACGUCCAAGUCCACCAAACUGCAUGCCACUGACAAGCCUGACCUUUCACCCCUCACCGUCGCCUCCGUCCUUUCCUUCUGUCCUCCCACCACGCAGCGAGGAGUCAAGCCCAAAAAGACUCCGGCACCUCGCAAGACCACGGCCAGGCGGCCCAAGCAGACAAGUCGCCCCGCAGGCAAGGGCCAGGCGUCCAGUUCGGCGUCGGCCGGCGAGAUGAGCAGCAGCGAACCCAGCACGCCGGCCCAGACCCCUCUAGCCGCCCCGGUCAUCCCCACCCUCCACUCUCCUGGAAACCCUCCCCCGCCUCCCGGCCCCAGCAAGGAGGAGGAAGCUCUGCGCGCUAAAGUGAAGGACCUGGAGGAGAAGCUGGAGACCCUGAAGAUGAAGCGCACGGAGGACAAGGCCAAGCUGAAGGAGCUGGAGAAGCACAAGAUCCAGCUGGAGCAGCUGCAGGAGUGGAGGAGCAAGAUGCAGGAGCAGCAGGCCGAGCUCCAGAAGCAGCUGAAGGAGGCCAAAAGGGAGGCCCGGGAAGCCCUGGAGGCCAAGGAGCACUACAUGGAGGAGAUGUCCGACACGGCCGACGCCAUCGAGAUGGCAACGCUGGACAAGGAGAUGGCGGAGGAACGGGCCGAGUCCCUGCAGUUGGAAGUGGACUCCAUGAAGGAGAAGGUGGAGGAGCUGACCAUGGACCUGGAGAUCCUCAAGCACGAGAUCGAAGAGAAAGGUUCCGACGGCGCGGCGUCCAGUUACCACGUCAAGCAGCUGGAGGAGCAGAACGGCAGACUGAAGGACGCCCUCGUCAGGAUGCGAGACCUGUCGGCGUCAGAGAAGCAGGAGCACCUCAAGCUGCAGAAGCAGACGGAGAAGAAGAACACGGAGCUGGACGCUUUGAGGGCCCAGAAGGAGAAACUCCAAGAAGAAAUGGCGCUGUCAGAGAAGAUGGUGGACGAGCUGAAGGAGCAGGUGGACGCAGCUCUGGGCGCUGAGGAGAUGGUGGAGACCCUGACUGAGAGAAACCUGGACCUGGAGGAGAAAGUCAGGGAGCUGAGAGAGACCGUCAGCGACCUGGAGGCCAUCAACGAGAUGAACGACGAGCUGCAGGAGAACGCCCGGGAGACGGAGCUGGAGCUGAGGGAGAUGCUGGAUCUGGGCGGGGCCAGGGUGCGAGAGGCGGAGAAACGGAUGGAGGCGGCCCAGGAGACGGUGGCCGACUACCAGCAGACCAUCAAGAAGUACCGGGAGCUCACGGCUCACCUGCAGGAAGUCAACCGAGAGCUGACCAGCCAGCAGGAAGCCUCCGCAGAACUCCUGCAGCAACCACCGCCUGCAGAGAUGUUUGACUUUAAGAUCAAGUUUGCUGAGACCAAGGCCUAUGCUAAGGCCAUCGAGAUGGAGCUGAGGAAGAUGGAGGUGUGUCAGGCCAACAGACACGUGUCCCUCCUGACCGCCUUCAUGCCAGAGUCCUUCCUGCGUCACGGCGGAGACCACGACUGCAUUCUGGUGCUGCUGCUCAUCCCUCGACUGGUCUGCAAGGCGGAGCUCAUCAGCAAACAAGCUCAGGAGAAGUUUGACCUGAACGAGAACUUUGUGGAAAGGACCGGACUGAGGGGUUCACUCGGGGAGCAGCUGAGCUUCGCCGGUGGUCUGGUUUACUCCCUCUGUCUGCUGCAGGCCACGCUCCACAAAUACGAACAAGCUCUGUCCCAGUGCAGCGUGGAGGUCUUCAAGAAGAUCGGCUCUUUGUACUCAGAGAUGAGCGUCCACGAGCGCUCUCUGGACUUCCUGAUAGACCUGCUGCACAAAGACCAGCUGGACGAGACGGUCAAUGUGGAGUCGCUCACCAAGGCCAUCAAGUACUAUCAGCACCUGUACAGCAUCCACCUGGCAGAGCAGAGUGAGGACUGCACGGUGCAGCUGGCCGACCACAUCCGGUUCACACAGAGCGCCCUGGACUGCAUGGCGGUGGAGGUGAGCCGCCUGAGGUCCUUCCUGCACGCGGGCCAGGAGAAGGCCGACCUGGCGGUGCUGCUCAAGGACCUGGAGACCUCCUGCAGUGACGUGCGGCAGUUCUGCAAGAAGAUACGCCGCCGCAUGCCCGGCACCGACGCCCCCGGCAUCCCCUCCGCGCUGUUCUUCGGAGCGCAGGUGUGCGACACCCUGGGCGACUGUCGCAAGCACCUCACCUGGGUGGUGGGCGUGCUGCAGGAGGUGGCCGCCGCCGGGGCACAGAUGAUGUCACCGCUGGGGGAGCAGGAGGGGCUGGUGGCCGGCAAACUGGAGGACGUGGCCUUCAAGGCGGGCGAACAGAUUUACGGCCGCGCGGGCGCCAACCCGUACGAGUGCCUGCGCCAGUCCUGCUGCGUCGUCAUAGCGACCAUGAACAAGACGGCCACCGCCAUGCAGGAGGGAGAGUACGACUCCGAGAAGCCUCAAAACAAGGCCCCGCCCCCUGUGGAGGUGCGGGCCGCCGCCCUGAGAGCCGAGAUCACGGACGCAGAAGGUGUGGGCGUGAAGCUGGAGGACCGAGAGACCGCCAUCAAGGAGCUGAAGAAGUCCCUGAAGAUGAAGGGGGAGGAGCUGAGCGAGGCCAGCGUGCGCCUCAGUCUGCUGGAGAAGAAGUUGGACAGCUCCUCCAAGGACGCCGACGAGCGCGUGGAGAAGAUCCAGACCCGCCUGGACGAGGCGCAGAACCUCCUGAAGAAGAAGGAAAAGGACUUCGAGGAGACCAUGGACGCCCUGCAGGCCGACAUCGACCAGCUGGAGGCGGAGAAAGCCGAGCUGAAGCAGCGCGUGGGUGGACAGUCCAAGAUGGCCGCUGACGGCCCGCGAGGCCCCUCCGUGGUUCCAGGAGCGUGCCCCAUGGCGGUGCAGGUGGUGGAUUCACCGCUGCUGACUCGUCAGAUCGAGGCGCAGAGACUUUGCAUCAAGCAGCUGAAGAACGAGAACAACUGGCUGAAGGCGGAGAAGAUGCGUGGCCAGCUGGCGGCGCUGCCCCCGCUCCGCGUGGCCAAGCUGCCCCGCCGGGACGCCGGGGGUCAGGCGCCGCUCUCUGGCGCCCUCUACAGGAAGACGGAGCAGCUGCUGGAGACGUUGCUGCAGAUGAGCGCCAACGUCAAGGUGGUGGACGUCACAGGCAAAUGUCCCGUGACACCCAGUGCUCAACUUCUGGAGCAGACCUCUCGCUUGCAGUCGCUACGAGACACACUGGACAGACUCAAGGGGGAAGUAGCUGAACACGUAGUCAAGCAGCAGCCCGGCGCUCGAGUGUCGUCCGACUUUGCCACCUUUCCUUCUGCCUCCUUCAUCAAGGCCAAAGAGGAGCAGCAGGGUCAGGCGGUGCUGGUGGGCAGACUGAUGGUGUCAUGUCCCCCAGGACAAGAGCAGGUGCACCAGCUGCUGCUCACACACACUCAGCUACACCACGUCCACAACUUGAUGACCACCACCUGACUCUCACCACUAGUCAUGGUUACUGUCACCCAGACCAUCCCCACUAGUCAUGGUUACUGUCACCCAGACCAUCACCACUAGUCAUGGUUACUGUCACCCAGGCCAUCCCCACUAGUCAUGGUUACUGUCACCCAGACCAUCACCACUAGUCAUGGUUACUGUCACCCAGGCCAUCCCCACUAGUCAUGGUUACUGUCACCUGAGUGUCACCACAAGUGAUGGUGAGUGUUACCUACAGUAAUGGUUACUGUCACCUGAGUGUCACUACUAGUGAUGGUUACUGUCACCCAAGAGUCACCACUAGUGAUGGUUACUGUCAACCGAGUAUCAUCACUAGUGAUGGUGAGUGUCAUCACUAGUGAUGGUGAGUGUCACCACUAGUGAUGGUUACUGUCACCCGAGUAUCAUCACUAGUGAUGGUUACUGUCACCCGAGUAUCAUCACUAGUGAUGGUUACUGUCACCCGAGUAUCAUCACUAGUGAUGGUGAGUGUCACCACUAGUGAUGGUUACUGUCACCCGAGUAUCAUCACUAGUGAUGGUUACUGUCACCCGAGUAUCAUCACUAGUGAUGGUUACUGUCACCCGAGUAUCAUCACUAGUGAUGGUGAGUGUCACCACUAGUGAUGGUUACUGUCACCCGAGUGUCAUCACUAGUGAUGGUUACUGUCACCCAAGAGUCACCACUAGUGAUGGUUACUGUCACCCGAGUAUCAUCACUAGUGAUGGUGAGUGUCACCACUAGUGAUGGUUACUGUCACCCGAAAGUCACCACUAGUGAUGGUUACUGUCACCUGACUGUCACCACUGGUGAUGGUUACUGUCACCUGAGUGUCACCACUAGUGAUGGUUACUGUCACCUGAGUGUCACCACUAGUGAUGGUUACUGUCACCCGAAAGUCACCACUAGUGAUGGUUACUGUCACCUGAGUGUCACCUCUAGUGAUGGUUACUGUCACCUGCCACCUCAAAUCAAACGCUGGCAUAUUUCCAUACUUUUGGUGUGCACACUAAACACAGAGUCAUGUGAUCAAGCUGCAAACUGAGAGUCAGUGGUUGUCAAACUAAACUACCACAGGACUAACCAGUGUUAAAAAGGUCUAAAACUCAACUAGCAUGUUUAUUUUGUGGACCACAACAACAUUACACACCAAUUGAAUAACGCCCAAACUUUGACCAAAGUGCCACUCUCUCAAAACGUGCUAGCUUGAUGCUAAUUUACAUAGCCAGGCUACUGUUAGUGACUCUACAUGGCAAUUCAGCAGUGAAAACUACAAAGGCGAAGAAUGCUACAAUCUUAACAACUGGUGUGUACAAACACCUUCUAGGGCGCAACAACUACUUACCUCCACAAUCAUUAUCACAUAAUUACAAAUUAAAAUGUCAUUACCAUUUAGUAACACACACAAAAGUAUUGAACAUUGCUACCUUUCAUUACCGGUAUGGAUUGGAACAUACCCAUCCCUCAUCAGUGGUACAUACCCAUCCUUUAUCAGUGCUACAUACCCACCCAUAACUCACCUCCCUCCCUGCAAAGUUGCAACAUGGGAGCUAAGUGCAUGCUGAGUGUGUUCCAUAAGGAGUGUACUAUGUGGCAUGAUGAUGAUCACAGCUUAUGUUUGCACGUCCCAAAGAUAAAAGCACACCUUUGUCGCUCUGCAAAGUUACCUUCUUUGGUUGCACAUCAACCUGGAAACUGAGGUGGAUUUGUUACUUUUACAGUCUGCUGCAUUAUUUGUGUGGACUAUGAUGUCACCUUCACAGGCCUCCUGCAUCUGCUCAAUAAAAAGUGUGUCAAAGGUCA